AUGGAGAAGGGCGAGGACGUGGUGGGGUUGUGUGCCGUCUGUUUGGAGGCCUUUGAUGAAGACGUCCACCUGCCUCGUCUUCUCACCUGCGGCCACUCGUUCUGCAGCAGCUGCCUCACACAAAUCGCCUGUGGCGCACGCGCCGCGCUGGAGUGCCCCAAGUGUCGCACCCCGACCCCACUACGCCAGCAGCAGGGACCCGGCGGCGGCGGCGUGCACGCGCUCCCGCGCAACUUCGACCUGGUCGACCUCAUCGCCCACCACCUCCACCUCCAGCCAUCAGCCCAGGCGGCGGCCCUCCCGCCACAGCGGCCGUGCGAGAACUGCGCGAAGCAGGACGCCGAGUGGUUCUGCAGCGUGUGCGGGGGUCACCUGUGCACGGCCUGCGACGACCAGUACACCUUCUGCACUUUUUUUUAG